AUUAGCUUCAGACAUUCAUUCUUUACAGGUGUAAUGUACAGUGAACUUGAUCCCAGUUGUAAAAAUAUUAUUGAGCAAACCUCAUUAAGGUGGAUAUUUGUCGGAGGCAAAGGAGGCGUUGGAAAAACUACCUGCAGUUGUAGUCUAGCAGUUCAAUUAGCCAAAACUCGUGAAAGUGUUUUAAUCAUUUCUACAGAUCCUGCUCACAAUAUAUCUGAUGCAUUUGAUCAAAAAUUUUCAAAAGUCCCUGGAAAGGUUAGUGGGUUUGAAAAUUUAUUUGCUAUGGAAAUUGAUCCCAAUUUAGGAAUUACUGAACUUCCUGAUGAUUAUUUUAGUGAAAAUGACAGUUGGGCAAUGGGUAAAUCUGUAAUUAAAGAACUUGUAGGAGCUUUUCCAGGAAUUGAUGAAGCUAUGAGUUAUGCAGAAGUUAUGAAGCUUGUUAAGGGAAUGAAUUUUUCAGUUGUAGUAUUUGAUACUGCACCAACAGGUCACACAUUGCGAUUGUUAUUUUUUCCAUCUGUUAUUGAGAAAGGGCUAGGAAAAUUGCUUCAAUUAAAAGCAAGCUUUGGCUCAUUUAUCACUCAAAUAGCAAGUUUAGUUGGAGAGAGAGAUCUGAAUGUUGAUGCUAUGUCCUCCAAAUUAGAAUCCACUUUAGAAACUAUAAAAUUUGUCAAUCAGCAAUUUAAAAAUCCAGCUCAAACCACUUUCGUUUGCGUGUGUAUCUCCGAAUUUUUAUCAAUAUACGAAACCGAGAGAUUAAUACAAGAAUUAGCUAAAUGCGCCAUCGAUACUCAUAAUAUUAUAGUCAACCAACUCCUUUUUUUAGAUGAAAAUAAACCUUGCAGCUUAUGCGCCUCUAGAUAUAAAUUGCAAUCGAAAUAUUUAGAACAAAUCGAUGAUUUAUACGAAGAUUUUCACAUUACGAAAUUACCCUUGAUGGAUAAUGAAGUUAGAGGGAAAGACAAAAUCAUUACUUUUUCAGAAAAUUUGAUUAAUUCUACAAAAAUCAAAAAGUUUGAAAAAUAAUAACUGACCGUUUAAAUUCUAUUACCACUCGAGAAAGUUAUAUUUGUUUUCUUUUCUGACUCGCUUCAUGUAAUUUGUGAUAUAAUAAUGAUCAAAGUGUCUUUGCGUUUUAUUAUUCAUUUCCCUCUUAAAAAAUUUUUAUGGAAAAAAAAGGA